CUUCACAGAACGACAACUGUGCCAGCAUUCAUUAUAGAGAGACGUAGUACUACACUUCUUGAGAUCGAUCAUAAUAAACACUCAAACCAAACAAGCAAAACUAAACUUACCAAUGAAGUUGAAGCAGCAGAAAAUGAGAGUAGUAGUAGGGUCAGUGUGGCUGUGCCUCUUUCUGUUGGCUGUCGGGGAGUCGGAGGGAGCGGAUUUGGCGGCGAAGUGCAACCUGCUGGUUCAGAAAGUGCUGCCGUGCCUGAACUUCGCGACGGGGCAGGCGGCGGUUCCGACCAAGGACUGCUGCGAGGCGACGUCGGAGAUAAAGAAGAGCGACCCGGAGUGCCUGUGCUUUGCGAUUCAACAGACUCACAAGGGUAGUCCGGAGGUGAAAAAUAUGGGCAUACAAGAGGCUAGGCUGCUUCAGCUACCUUCUGCUUGUAACUUGAAGAAUGCCAGCACCACCAACUGUCCUAAGCUUCUGGGUCUAUCUCCAAACUCCGCUGACGCUGCUAUCUUCAGAAAUGGUUCGUUGAAAACCAAUUCAGCUUCAACAGUUUCAGAAGACAUCCACAAGGGCUCUUAUGGAAACAUGCUUAGACCUGUUCUCGUUGCAGACCUAAUAGCUGUUCUCCUCGUCAUGAUUCCAAUAGGUUCGUGAUGGGUGCCUUCAAUUAAUGACUCACGAAGUAACAGAUAGGCACCACUUUAAAUGAAAGUAGCCGUGGUAGUUGUUUUCCUACUCAUGGAUGGGUGGAUUUUAAUUACUUUGCAGGUUGCAGCAUAUAUAGAAUUAACUGAUUUGCGUCUGCAACAUCUUGUUAUGUUGUCUUUAUUAGUUAAUAAUUAUCUUAAUUUGUAUGGACUUCUUUUCCACAUGCUAGACUAUUGAAAAUCAAGGACUGUUGUGUUUUAA